UUCCUCCCGUUCCAUCCCACUUUCCGCCUCACCUCGAGCGAAGCUGCAGCGCCACAGCAGGAAGAGCCAGGGAGAUCCUCCGUCCCUCCGACCCAUGGCCGACGAGUGGUGGAGCAGCACCUCUCACAGGAGCCAUGGCGCGUCAGCGUGCUCGGCCGCGCCGCUCCCGGUCGUCACGGACCGGGUGGCCUGUGGCUGGGCUACCUCCCCCACCGCAGCCGCCGAGUCGACGAGCUCCAUAACCUUCCAGGACCCCUACAAGAGCUCCACGCAUCAGCCUCUGUCUGAUGCCGCCUCGUCGCUCGGCGAUCCACACGUGGACUGGACGCAGGCCUUCUUUUUCAGGAGCGGGAGGAGCGAUACCAGCUUCCAAGCCGUGCUGCAAGACGACAUGGUUCGAGCACAGCCGGCGGCCGAUGAAGCCCCAGCGAUGAACAAUCCAUUAAUCAGGGACAUGAGCGCCGGCUUCUUGGUCGACCACGCGCAGCUAGCUCCGUCGCCGUACGGCACGGCGCCAUCGCAGCAAGCUCUGUUCGACGGCACGGCGGGCCACAACAUCUCGGUGUACGGAGACAGCCAGUCCUCGGUCAGCUACGACGCCACGGCGUCGAUGCAGUUCUCCCAGCUGCUCAAGCCCUCGGCGCCGGCGUCUGGGCCGAUGCAAGGCGCCGCCGCCGCGAUGCAGUACUUGUCCGGCAGUUACCUGCCUUUCGGUGGCCCGCUGCAGUCGCAGCUUCUCUUGCAGGCCUUGCAGACGAAGCCCGGUAUCCGCAGCUCCAACGCUAACCCUCUCACGGUGAAGGACGCCUGCUCGCCGGCGGCGAGGAAAAGCGCCCCCGAGUCUCCUGCCGCGGCGAAAAGGCCGCGGAUCGAGGCGCCAUCGCCGCUGCCGACUUUUAAGGUGAGGAAAGAGAAGCUAGGGGACAGAAUCACUGCGCUCCAGCAACUAGUCUCGCCUUUUGGAAAGACUGAUACCGCAUCGGUUCUUCACGAGGCCAUCGAAUACAUCAAAUUCCUUCACGAUCAAGUUUCUUCACUGAGCUCUCCCUACUUGAAAAAUGGGAUCCCCUUGCAGAACGUCCAGCAGAAGGGCUCCGAGGACGCCAAGGAUAGCGGUGACACCAAGCAGGACCUGCGCAGCCGGGGCCUGUGCCUUGUCCCGGUGGCGAGCACGUACACGGUGGCGGCCGAGACGGUGCCGGAGUUCUGGCACCCUACAUUCGGAGGAACAUUCCGGUAGAGAUACAGCUAGUGUAGCCUGGGAUACAUCGGUACAGGCCGGGGUACGCGUGCUAACAUCAACGUGUGCUUGUCCGGCCGUGAACUACGAACAGACGCACAGAGUACGUUGAAGCUAAAGGGAAGCAAAGCCAUGUGUUUUUUUUAUCAGACUAAGUAUUGUACAAAUGGUGGUAAACUAAUUCUUAGCAGCAACCUGCUAGCCAGCCUGAUACGAAAAGCAAGGGCUUAUGAUAUCGCCCAAGCAAUCGAAGGAUGUUUUGAAAGGGAAAAAAAAGGGAUGUGAUAAUAGGUACUGGCUGGUGGUCUACGACAGGCUAACGUAAGUGUGUAUAACAUGCUGGAUCAGGUGCAAAAGAGAAUAAUGAUGAAUGAGGCAGCAGAGUACAUGGGGCAUCAUCUAUACUCAUAUAUAGGCAAAACUUUGCAGGUGAAUAAUAUAAUGCAUGGUCGCUAUAUAUAAUUAGCAUUGUAGUAUGAACAGGUUGGCGUUUUGGAAGGGAAAGUUGGGGCAGGUGCCAACAUUUGAAAGGAAAAGCAGAAUGGAUUAGUGUGCAGAUGGCUGACAACAGUCAUGCUGGCAGCAUGAACAAUGAUGUUAAUCUCAUCAUAUGCUCCUACCACUGAAAGUACGCGCCCAAAAGGGAUAAGGACCAAAUCAACGAGUUUACUUAAUUUGUCUAGUAUUUUUAAAGAUGCACCCCCCCCCCAAUUUCAGUUAUUUUUAAUUUUGUCUAGUACUAUGUAGUAUGUUCUGUCAACACAUUUUAAAAUACCAGUUGCAAA